AUGGUAAGAGUCAUACCUUAUUUUAUUAAAAGGUUGUUUUCAAGUUGUGCGGUUCUCCAAUCUUUGGGUUUGGUGUAUUGUUCUUAUAUUGGAGAACUUACAAUUAAAGGUUCAAAUAGGUUUAGAACUCUUUUGAUUAGGGAUUGUGGUAACAUCAUUUUGAUCACUAUUGAUACUCCAAGUAUUAGCACAUUUCAUUAUGAUGGUGAGAUUAACAAAAUCAAAUUUGUGAAUCCAAUAAGAUUAAACGAUGUGAUAUUGGAUUUUGAUACCACAAAGGGAGUUCAACAAUUAAGUGAAAGGGGUGAUUUGAUGGAAGUCUUGAGAAAUGUUGAAACUCUCUCAGUUAACCACACUCUUCUUGAGGGGCUUUCUCCAAGAUAUGUGAAUUUUGAAUACAGAGAUAUGGAGUACUAUCUUCCGAAUUUGAAGGAGCUUCAAUUGGUUAGACGUGGAUUGAGCUUGGUUAACCCUUGGGAUAUUCUUUCCUUUGUCAAGAAUUGUCCCCAAAUUGAGAGACUCUUUCUUGAUUUUGGUGAUUAUGCAAUGGAAGCCGCAAGUUAUUGGAAUCUAGUGGCAAAGGAAAACUUUGAGAAUUCCCAAACAGAAUUUCCACAACUCAAGCUAUUAAAGGUGAAAGGAUUCAAGAAGCUUGAGCUUGAAGAGAAAUUGCUAAAUUAUUUCUUGUUGCAUGCAAGGUUCCUUGAGUCUUUGAUUACAAUUGAAUCAAAGGGUAAUCGUCUAAAAAGUAAACUGAGUAAUGUCAUUACAGCUUCAAAGAAGCUGUUUGUAGCUGUUUCUAGAAAGUCUCAAAGUGUACUUGCUGGAAGUGCCCGCAAGCUUUUGAGUGGUACACUAGGCUAG